GUUUUCUCUCACAUUCGAUAGACAAAGGAAGCAGAAAAUUUUCGAUUAAAUAAAUAUAAAAAGUUUUAUUCUGCAUAAACAAGUCUUGAAUGAUAAAUAAGGAACAUAAAGAAGACGAAACAUUUGAAGACAAACUCGGUUUCUUCUUAAUUCUUUGUUACUAUCUCAGAAAGGAUAAUCUGCUUCCGACAAGACAAAAGACAAAGAGGAAAAUUUUAGCUUAUCAACGUUUAAGACGUGAUCAAUUAGAAAGACUUGAAAGUGUAGCUGAAGAUAAAAAUGUCAACGUUCAAACUCAAACACUCAGUGUUAAUCAAAACACUCAACAACUCACUCAAAGUGUCAUUGAUAAUCAUUCAAAGAGCUCAAAUCAUUUAGCGGAAAAUAUAAGACAACCUAGAUUUUCUAAAUUUAGUUCUUUCGCAAUUUUACAAUCAUCAGCAACAUGGGAUACUCCACCGUCGUAUGAUGAAUGUCACAAACUCUCUAGAAUUGACGAAGAUCCUAAUUAA